ACUAGGAGUAACAAAACCAUGAAUCCUCAUCUGUGGAGAUUUCAGCGCAACAGGAAUUUGUCUGAGAGGAAUAGCUGACCUUAUACUCUGCCCCCCAGACUUGUGAUUGGCAUUAUGGCUGCACGUUGGACAUACAGCUCUAACAUAAAAGAUAAAAUGUUUGUGCUGAGCAGCGCUGCUGGCCUGAGGAGUGACACGCACGUGCAAGAGCUGUUCCACGAGGAAGCACAACAGGUAUCUCAGACACAGACCAAACCCUGGUGGAAGAUACAGCUGUUCGUCUGGGAGCCAGUGCUCUUUGGAACCUGGGAUGGCGUCUUUACUUCUUGCAUGAUCAACAUUUUUGGAGUGGUUCUUUUUCUGAGGACUGGAUGGCUAGUGGGAAACACCGGCAUUUUAAUGGGCAUGUUUCUGGUGUCCUUUGUUGUCGUGGUUGCCCUGGUAACUGUCUUAUCUGGAAUUGGGGUCUGUGAGAGGUGCAGCAUCGGAAGUGGAGGAGUCUAUUCCAUGAUUUCUACUGUCCUCGGUGGUCAAGUUGGAGGGACCAUUGGCCUCCUUUAUAUUUUUGGUCAGUGUGUUGCAGGUGCUAUGUACAUCACCGGGUUUGCGGAAUCCAUCUCCGACUUACUGGGUUUCAGUAGCACUUGGGCAGUUAGAGGCAUUUCACUGGCAGUCUUACUAGGUCUGCUUGGAAUUAACCUGGCUGGUGUUAAAUGGAUAAUCCGUCUCCAACUGUUACUGCUCUUCCUGCUGGCUGUUUCUACGCUGGACUUUGUCAUUGGAUCAUUCACGCACCUAGAUCCAGAACAUGGCUUUGUUGGAUAUUCGGAAGAACUUAUGUUUAACAACACGCUACCGGACUACAGUACGGGGGAGUCCUUCUUCACUGUUUUUGGAGUGUUUUUCCCAGCUGCUACAGGUGUGAUGGCUGGGUUUAAUAUGAGUGGAGAUCUCCAGAAGCCUGCGGCCAGCAUCCCACUCGGGUCUCUGGCAGCUAUCGGCAUUUCGUGGUUUCUAUAUAUAGUCUUUGUUUUCUUGCUGGGAGCCAUUUGUACCCGGGAAUCGCUCCGCUAUGACUUUAUGAUAGCAGAAAAGGUGUCCUUGGUGGGUUUCUUGUUUUUAUUAGGAUUGUACAUUUCCUCCUUAGCUUCCUGCAUGGGAGGUUUGUAUGGAGCACCCCGAAUCCUUCAGUGCAUUGCCCAGGAAAAAGUGAUACCGACCCUUUCCUUUCUUGGACAUGGGAAAGGGCGUAACAAGACACCAGUGGCUGCAAUUUGCUUAACGAGUCUCAUCACCAUGGCUUUCGUCUUCGUUGGCCAAGUGAACAUCCUUGCUCCUAUAGUCACCAUAAACUUCAUGCUGACAUACAUUGCUGUGGACUACUCUUAUUUCUCAGUCUCUAUGAGUUAUAUCCUACAGCAGAAACCCAAAAGGACACAGAGGGAGGAAUCUAGGGUUGUCAACUCUUCCCAGCCUUUAACCUUUGAGAAAACUUCCCGUUAUGGAUCAGAUGGAAUAAUUCAAAGCAGAUCAGAUGGCACCUUGUUAGAAUUCACAAAAGACAUGGACCAGCUUUUUAAGCCUCUUAAUAAAGAUCCAGAGACUCAUAAAGAGAAAGAAGAGAGAGACAAGAAUUUAAACCAAAAGGUCAAACAGAGAAAGAUAAAGAAGCCAGCCAAGCAAACAUUACAAGACAGCUUUCUCUUGGAUCUUGAUUAUAAUAUUGCCCCCGCCCCUUACUGUUGCACCAAAACAUCAGAGCCUAGUGAUGAACGUCUGCAGAGUUUUGCUGAACAGAGUCAUCAGAGUGAAAGAAAUCUGUGUUUAUCAUCAACUGUGGACACUGAGCAAAAACGUGACCAUGAGCUAAUGGAAUAUGGAGAACAACUUUUUAAUGAGCUGCAGAAUCCUCCCAAUCAGAAAGUGGAAGAUACAAAUGUAAAGCAACAAAAUCAAGAACUAGAAAUUCAGAGAAUGCCAGUUUCCUUCUACGCCAGAUUCUGCAAUCACUGGGUUUCCCUUGUUGGUGCAAUCGGAUCGCUUGUAAUCAUGUUUGUCAUUCAAUGGAUCUACACUCUCAUUAAUUUGAGUGUAGCAAUUAUUCUAUAUUUCUACAUUGGCCAAAUGAGUCCUGGACUACCCCCUGGGGCAGCAGCUAACUUCAGUUUUCUCAGCUGGAUUAAGUUAGGUUUGGUCAGCUCAUGCAGGAGAAGGCCAUCCCCAGAGGAGCAGAUUGUUGUUACACCAUCCUUUGCAACAGUUGGCAUGGAGACCACUCAGCUCACUGAAGAGAAUGCAGAUUUUGCCUCUCGAGACCGCUACCACCAUUCCUCUAUUAUCAGAAGAGAAGAGUUUGUCAAUCAGUUUCAGUAAAAAACAAAAACGGAUACGGCUGUUCACUCCAGCAGUCGCUUAACACUAAUCGCUGUUGUGGCACCUGGUAAAAAUACUUGAACAAUGUGACUAUUUUUUUUUAAUGCUUCCACUGUUUGGGGUUGUGUCUUUUUAUUUUAUUUUUUUACAAAGGACAAAGUUUGCAAUUUUUACUCGGAUUCCAUAUCCUAUCCAGUUUAGCAAAACAAAUUAAAGGACUAUAGUAAAGUGAUCAGUAACUGAGGACAAUAGCAUUAGAAAUCUAAAGAAUUCAAAUACUGUACACACUAAAUAUUACAAAAACUAUAAACGCUUGAAGAAUGCAAUUUGAAACUUCCAUGGACUGACUAUGGAGGCAGGGUGAUCUUUUGGUUAGAGCAGCAAGCUGAGAACUAGGACUCCUGGGUUCUCUUCUCAGCCCUGCCACUGAUUUGGUGCAAACUUAGUCUAGUCACUUUACCUCUUUAUGCCCCAGUUUUCCUGCCUGUAAAAUAAUAUUUUUCUACCUCACAGGGGUGAUGUGAGUUUUAAUUAAUUGGUGCUCAUAAAGUGCUUUAAGGCAUUUAGAUGAAAGGCCGAAAUGGUGAAGGCGAGAGGAUUAUGAAGUGUGUUCAAAAUUGGAAUCAAACCCGUUCAUUUAAAUUUAUGAACUCUUCUGUAUCACGAUGAACUCUUCUGUAUCGUCAUACUGUGAAAUUAUGCCUUAUCAGCACUAAAUAGCUAUUUUCAACAUCACUUCAGAAAGGAGGAUUGGGAGAGGCUGAAUCUUGAAACAUAGGCGAUAAUCUGGGGACUCUCUUUCUGAAGGUCUACAGUGUUUCCAAAUACAACAUGUCCCAGUUAAAAUAAUAAUUUAUAUAAAUGAAUAAAAAGUACCUAUUAGGAUAUAUGUGGCCACACCCUUACUUCAAUCAGAAGAAGAAAUGUAUCACUUGUAUUUAGUCCUUCAGAUAGGAAACAAUGCAGGCAAAGCUCCUGCUGAGGUCUGAAAUGAAGGAGCAGGCCUCAGGAGUAUGUAGUAAAAUAGUAGUGAGCACUGCAAAAUAAGUCUGGGCAUUUAAAAUGUAUUAAAAAAGGGAGUGAUAAUUAAUUUCCUUUAAUCUUUGAGUCUUUCAAUUUUAUAGUGUUCAGUGCGAUAAUAACCAGAUCUCUGCAUCUGCUACAGAAAAAGCUCUGAAUUCCUGCUAGCUUUGGGACCAAUGCUACUAGAAGGGGCUGAAGGCCCUUGACUCCUUGGUGGGAGCUGAAGGCAUUCACCAGCACUUCACAGGGUCAGCCCAUUUGAGCGCUGUUUCUACCAUGUGAUAUUUUCCUGCAGGUGGAAGGAAACCAGCUUUACCAAUGAAAUCAUGAAUAAAGUAAUUCUGGGAUGGUACUGAAAGUUGGCUCCGCAUUUUAAUUUUCUGCUUUGGUCACAAUUCAGCAUUCCUUAAAUGAUCGCUCUUGUGAAAGUUAAAGGGAUGCUGUCAAAUUAACUCAGCCUGAGGGUUGACCCACCCCAAGCUGUUUCAUGUUAGAAACAUUCA